GACGCCAGUUUAGUCGCGAUCUCACCCUUGCGCUGGACAUUCGCGUCCAGCCCGACACUCUCCAGAUCAAUCUCGUCGCGAUCGCGAUCAUCGUGUGUGCGUGUGCGGAACUUGCUAAUAGCUGCUGUCGGGCCUAGUUAUUAUAGUUGUUCGAUCUGGUGCGUGAUCAACCGGGAUUAAGGAGAAACGAUCGCGACCGAUCGCGAACGCUGCACCAUGGCCCGAAAAGAUGGUGGAUUACUUAGGUGGACGAUCGUUUUGGGGUUGAUUUGUGCUGUUAUGAGUCAACAAUCCACGGUGAGCCAGAAGCUGUACGAGGGCUCGCAAAAGUUUGCACUCAACUUUUUCAAGAAAAUUAGCGAAUUUGUCGACUCGGAUCCGAGCGUAACGACCACCAACAUCAUCAUUUCACCGCUCUCCGUUUGGACUCUGCUAGCAUUGCUGACCGAGGGAGCAGAUGGGAAAACGCUCCGCGAACUGCUCGACGUGCUGAAUGUGGACAACCAAAAUGACAUCAAAUACAACUUCAAGAACCUCAUCGAUACGAUCAAUGUCAACACGAGUGAAGUGGAAAUCUCCUCACUGCAGCUCAUAUUCACCGACAUUACACAGCAAAGACAACAGGCCUUCGACGAUAGCAUCGUGCAGUUCUACGGCCAGGAUCUGCUGCGAUCGCUGGACUUUAACAGCUCACCGCAGGCGCGCAAAAACAGCUACGAAACCAUCAACGGGAUCGUCUCGAACGCCACCAAGGGUCAGAUCGAAAAGGCGAUCCACCCGAGCGAUCUCAAAGAUGCCAAAAUGCUCAUCCUGUCGGUGCUGUUCUUCAAGGGAGACUGGACGCUUCCGUUCAACCGGUCGCAGACGGUCGAUACGCCGUUCCUGAACGAGAACGACGUCACGGUGGGACCGGUUCCGAUGAUGUACAGCAAGGCCGUCUUCCCGUUCGCCGCGUUCCGCGAGCUUGAGGCGCAAAUCGUCGAGCUGCCGUACGGGAGCGAUCGUCACCUGAGCAUGAUGGUAAUUUUGCCACGAAAAGGAGUGCCCCUGAAGGACGUGAUCGGCCGGUUGGCGAACUUCAGCAUGCAGACAAUCUACCAGGAGCUGCGAACGGCCGCCGAAGAGUACGAAGACGAUGAAGUGGAGGUGUACCUGCCGAGGUUUGAAAUCACUGCGGACUACAAGCUGAAGGCGCCACUGUUUGAUAUGGGAGUCAAAGCGGCCAUGAGCAAGGAGACGGCUCAGUUUGACCGGAUGGCCAACGGUAUCUUCCUUGGCGAUAUCGUGCAGAAGGCCAGGAUCGUCGUGAACGAAGAGGGAACGACGGCUUCGGCGUCGACGGCCGCGAUCUUCGCCAACAAGGCCACGCCGCCACGGUUCUUCGCGAACCGACCGUUCGCUUUCUUGAUCGUGGACAAGCGGUUCGACGUGAUUCUGUUUAUGGGCCAGGUGAAGAAUCCGCUGGCGGUGUGAGAGUGGCAAAAGGUAAUAAAAUGUCAGGGACUUUCUUUCACAGUU